AUGGUGGUGUCUCCCAAUGAUCCUCGCAUUGAUCAGGUUGGCUUUGCCAAACUGCUGGGAGAUGGUUUCGAACUGUGUGCCAAGAAGUACGAGAUUGUGAUUGGCAGGCAUUCGAAAAGCUCAACGGUUGACGUUGUUCUUGGGGACAACAUGAACAUAUCCAGGCAGCACGCAAAAAUUCUGUACAACUUCUCCAGAGGCGUGUGGGAGCUGCAUGUGCUGGGCAAGAAUGGGGUCACUGUUGAAGGGACGUUGCAUACGCCCAGCUCUCCCCCAGUCGUGCUGCGCUCACAGGACCUCAUCCAAAUCGCUGACCGUUCCCUCUACUUCCUGCUGCCGCGCCAGCAGCAGCAGUGGGCAUCUCCCCAGAAAGCGGACCCCCCAGCUGCCAGGUCAGCGACGCCGGCCGCCAGCUCACUGGUGCCAGCUCAGCAGCACGCCGCGCUGCCACCUGGCGCUGGGUCAGCACACAGCGUGGUGCAACAACUCGCGGCGUCCCUGCCACUGUCCCAGCAGCAGGCCAUGGUGGCCCAAGGACAGCCGCACACAGGCCCACCGGCACAUGGAACGGCAAACCAAACGCAUGCGCCGGAGCAGCCUUAUUCUGCCAGCCAAGCUGCGCAGAAUUUGGUACCUCAGGACCAGGCACAGGCAAUGGAGACGGACGGCUCAUGA